CCUCAAUCUACUUAGUAGUCCCACAUCAGCGACCACCUACGGUUUUUACUUCGCUACUCAUUAAAGAUUUUCCAUCUAGAACAAAGCCAAAUUGUUGUUUAGUAAAUCACAAUAUGUCUGAUGAACCAGAAUGUCAAUUACGAAGAAGACGUUCGUCUGCAAAUUCGACUCUGCCAUUAAGUUUAGACAUCGGCUACCAAAUAGAAGAGGGCAAUCCUUGCGAAGGAACUCCUUCGCCAAGCACAUUGAAGAAGUUCCCUAAAAGAUCAUCGUCCUCGGCACUUCUGGAUUUCAAAAACAAGCAGCAGUCGUUUGAUAUUCAGGUAGAGGAAUGCGAAGAAGAAGAAAUUAUGAUAGACAGUGAAGACGAAGAGCCUGGUGAAGAUCUUGCUAUGGGCAGAGAACGAGCUGUCACACCGACGCCGUUUCAAGAUUUUGCUGCUAAUGUUAUACAUACUGAAGGACCUCACUCCACCGACUUUUUAAGGGUGAAAACGCUUGAAUCCGAUUGCUACACCGAUGUAUCCGAUGCCGACACCGACGAAGAAGAAUAAUGUUUUAUAAGUUUAUUUGAAUAAUAAAGGAAAUUUAUAGUAUUUAUAUAACAUGAAUUAAAUAAUGUGUAAUAAAACUAUGUAAAAUCCCCAGAUGCAAGCAUUCACAAAUAUUUUUUUCGGGGAUCAUUGAUAAUAAAUGUUACUUUUGUGUUAUAGUUAAGCGAUUAAGACGAUUUCGCAAAGGAAAAUAUUAAUCUACAUUAUUUGAAAUUGAAAUAAGUAAUUUUUUACUCUUGAACGUUUUGCAAUUACUUAAUCGGUGCACCUACUUCUUUUUUCAUUAGUAUGGAAAAAUAAUGAGAAAGAUAUAGUUAUCACUCAAUGCAUAUCUUGGGUUUUAAGGUAGCAAUAUUAUAAAACUAAUGUGCUUAUAAACUAUUAUGAAGCUAAUGAACUAUUAAAAAAAUUAGUUUAUAA